AUGGACAGCGGUCUGGCUGAUGAGAAUGACGAACUACAGCGCAAAGUCCUCCAGAAUACACUGCAAGAGGUGGCUGCAAGAGAGCAGCUGGCAGAUGGCAACUGCUGCGUCAUCUGCUUAGACGCUGUUAGCGAUGCUUGCGAACUGGUUCCCUGCGGACACGACAGCUUUGACUAUGUCUGUGUAUUGAACUGGCUCUAUGACAAACCACUGUGUCCUCUGUGCAAGAGAGAUGUAACCAAAGUGCACCGAGGACCUCCCGAACAUCGAGAAACAACUGUCAUUGAACCAAAACCACAACGACCUGAACAACUUACUUCAACAAGGACAUACUCUCACCAGUCGUCAAUCCAAGCACAUCGGCGCGAGGUUUAUUUGCACAAGAGAUUCUCAAAGCAUGUCGGCUCAAACAGACUUUCCCUUUACCGGGAGCUGACACCAAGGCUAUUCUGCAGCGACGAGGCUCUCGUUUCCCGCGCACGGAUGUGGAUUCGCCGCGAACUGCGAGUGUUUUCAUUUCUCAAUGCUGAUGAAUCUGGCCCUACCCCAUCUACCUCUCGUUCAGGUUCCGGAGAUGCAGCUCAAGCCCAGGCGCGGCGAAGAGCAAACAACGCCGAGUUCUUGCUGGAGUACUUGAUUGCAAUCUUGAAGACUGUGGAUAUUAUGGGAAGUGCCGGUCAGGCGGAAGACAUGCUGUCCGAGUUUCUUGGCCGAGAUAACGCCCGGCUGUUUCUGCACGAGCUUCGGUCAUGGCUUAGGAGCCCCUUCACAAAGCUCGAAGACUGGGAUCGAGCGGUGCAAUACGACCCGGUUGUACCAAGGGGUUCAUCACCUUCUGCUUCUUCUGCUCCAGAAUUGGGACACACUCGGAAUGAGCGUGCAUCGUUGACGCAGCGCAGCCAGGACCGGUUCAGAGGGGAUUACUACCGCCCCGGGCUGGCUCAGCCUUACCGAGAAGAUAGACGAAAACAGCGGCACGAGCCUUACAGGCGUGAAAGGCGAAGAAGGGAGAGGAGCGCUUGA